CCUUGGCUCGAGCCCCAUCCGGAGGCCCGACGCCCCCUCGGGGAGCGCCGCGCUCCCGUCGGCCGCCGCGAGGAGAGGGGCCCCAGGCAGAGCGGCAUGGAGGACUCCGCCCUCCUGGGCCUGCUCGAGGAGCAGGAGCGCCUCGCCAAGCGCUCGCUGGAGAUCUGCGGCAUGCUCCGGCCGCACUGCCACGGCGAGAGGCGCUCGCCCCGGGGCCCGCCCGGCCCUCUGCCGAGCCCUCCGCUGCGGGGCCUGCGCGCGGCUCCGGAGUUCGUCCGUGCGCGCUCGUGCCCGACGGGCCCCGCGCCGAGCCCGCGGGGCGCGCCCACGAGGCCGGCCGCCGGGAGGGCGCUGCUGCAGGAGGGCCUGCGCGAGCCGCUCCUGAACGCGGAGCAGCCGGGCGGCGUGCUCGGGGAGGGCUCCCUCACGAAGCAGCGGAGCAGUGGCAGCAGCCAGGCAAACAAUCAGGGCGAGAGGGGCAGGGAGAUGAGCAAGCGGAGCUGGAACCUACGCAUUUUCCCAGACCGCGAUGCCCUGAAGGAAGAACUCAAGUCGCGCCUGCUCUCGGACUCCGAGGGCGUGACGAGGGAGCAGGACCUGUACCACGAUGGCGGUGCCUUCGCAGAUCUCGCCAAGAGCCGUCCAUUGGAGACGGCCACGUUCGCAAUGAUCAUCCUGAACACGUUCUGGAUUGGCAUCGAGGCCGACUACAAUCACAAGCAGUUGCUUGUCGACGCGGACCCUAUCUUCCAGAUCGUGGAGAACAUGUUUUGUGCAUAUUUCGUGUUCGAGAUCAGCGUAAGGUUCCUUGCGUUCAAGAACCGGAAGGAUUGCCUCGGCGAGAAGUGGUUUCUCUUCGACGCAGUGUUGGUUUGGCUGAUGGUGUGGGAUACGUGGGUUAUCAGUGGUGUCCACCUCUUGUCUCAAGGCCGCGCUAUGCAGUCGUCGAACGCGCAGGCCUUUCGCAUCUUCAGGUUGCUACGGCUAACACGCGUGGCCCGCGUGGCAAGGCUGUUGCGCAGCGUGCCCGAGUUUGGGAUAUUGUUGAAGGGCGUCUGGAUGGCAUUGCGAUCGGUAUUCUCUACGCUCUGUCUCAUGGUGCUCAUCAUGUACGUCUACGCGAUCAUCUUCACUGAGCUUUUGGAUGGUUCUGACCAUGCUGGUUGUUUUGGCUCUGUGUUCUCAUCCAUGAAUUGUCUGCUGCUUCAGGGAAUCUUCGCUGACCAGGCGCAGAUCAUUCAAGACAUGCUGAAACAGGGCCUGCUGUAUUAUUUCCUCAUAGUCACAUUCCUGGUGGUUGCGUCGAUGACAGUGCUCAACAUGCUCAUCGGAGCCCACAUGCUGGACAAGGUGCGCGAAAACAUCAGGGGUAUACUACCAGACUUGGAUUAUGACGGCGAUGGUAUGAUCUCAGAGCAUGAGUUCAUCAAAAUUCUUGAGUCUGAAGAGGCAGUGCGUGCCUUGUCCUCAGUCGACGUUGACGUGAUCGCGCUGGUGGAUUUCGCAGACUACAUCUUCAAAGGCCGCGAUCGGCUCAGUUUUAAUGAGUUUAUGGCCACAGUCGCGAGGUUCCGUGGCGGCCAGUCGGUUGUCCUCAAGGACUUAAUCGACGUCAGGGAGUUCUUGUCAGGAGAGAUCAAGAAGUCUGUCAAGGCCAUGAC